CAGAGAUCAACAAACGCAUGGAAUGGCACAUGUACACUUUGGAAAACUUGCUGGCACACCGCGGGAAAAUUCGAGUAUUUCAAGCUGACCUAAGGGAAACAGUACGAGCCAAAUCUUGAAGUUGAACGUUAAAAUGUCAAAGAAAAAGGGCCUAAGUCUGGAGGAGAAGCGCAGUCGCAUGAUGGAGAUCUUCUUUGAGACUAAAGAUGUUUUUCAGCUGAAGGACAUUGAGAAGAUCGCCCCCAAACAGAAAGGAAUCACGCCCAUGUCGGUGAAGGAUGUACUGCAGAGCUUGGUGGAUGACAACAUGGUGGACUGUGAGCGAGUGGGCACCUCUAACUACUACUGGGCAUUCCCCAGCAAAGCUGUGAAUGUGCGCAAGCGGAGGAUUGGAGAACUGGAGAAACAGCAUGACGAAGGGAAACUGAAGAAAAUAGCCCUGCAGCAUGCUGUGGACAAAGCUAAAGUGGGACGCCAGGACACAGAGGAGAGGGCGGCCCUACAUCAGGAGCUAAAGGACCUGAGGGAGCAAAAGGCCCAGCUGAAGGCCGAGCUGGAGAAGUACAGAGAGUGUGACCCGGAAGUCGUCGAGCAGAUGCGCAAAGAAAACAUUACUGCUAAAGAGGCUGUGUCCAGGUGGACAGAUAAUGUUUUCGCCAUUAAAUCGUGGGCCAAGAGAAAAUUUGCGUUCGAGGACAGCCGAAUUGACAAAGCAUUCGGAAUACCUGAGGACUUUGAUUACAUGGAUUAACCACCAUUCAUCUUCUCUCCACAACUGUGAGCCAUCCACCUGAGUCCUCAGAGGAAACUUAGAGAUUAUCACUAAUUAGGGACACAUCUUGAACUCCACGAUGCCUUAACUCCGCUGCCGGCCUUGUCCCUCUUUUUCCGAGUUGCCACAUUAGAUCGUGCCCUGCCAUCUGAUGUGUGCAGUGGAGGGUCACAGCUGGACAUGCGAUUAAUGUGGAACUGGAGAAGGCGCUAUACUAACUCCUGGCUGCUCCUUGCCUCUCUGAUCCUCUCAGAUGGAGCCUGACUUUUGGGACACCUGUUGGUGUGAAAAGUGAGCCUGUGCCCCGACCGGCGAAAAUGGUUCAUUGCUGGACAUUCUGGAAGACGGGGACCUAUUUGGAUUUUGGUUUAUUAAAUAUUCUUCAAAAUGUAUGGAGGAAUGUCCAGAUUUGAGAUGGGUUAAAUUGGGUGGGCAUUUUUGGAGGGAAAAUAAAAACCAAAGCUAUGGAGAUGAAGCACUCAGACAAGUAAAGGUCUGCUGCUGUUGCUCAGUUUAAGAGUCAACAAGCCCCGCCCAUUAUUGAUGGAUUAAACUAGCAGAGGUCUAGCAUAAAUUAAUGCAAUUUGUAUGCCCCAUGACUGCAAUUCCAAUCUUCUUCAUUCAGAUCAAACAAGCAAUCAUUUUCUGUAUUCAUUUUUUUUGGAUCCCCUUAGUCUAAUAAAUUUGUCUAAAAUUGA